AGAUAAAAACCUUCAUCAGCACCUCAAAAAAUAUUAAAUGCAAAAAUCUCCAAAAAAUAUAGAGAAAAUAGACUGGAAACCUUCGUCCUGGAGAUAUAAACGUAUAAAACAAGGUGUAAUAUAUGAGAAUCAAGAAGCACUUAAAAAGUCAGUGAAUAAACUGAGAUCAUUGCCUCCAUUAGUUCAUUUUGAAGAGAUUUUACAAUUAAAAAAACGACUUAAAGAUGUUGCACUUCAUAAAUCUUUUUUACUCCAAGGAGGAGACUGUGCAGAGUCAUUUUCUGCAUGUACAUCAGGAUUAAUUGACAAUAAAUUGAAAGUUAUUCUUCAAAUGAGUAUUAUAUUAGCUUUAAAUAUGAAUAUUCCAGUUGUAAAUAUAGCACGUAUUGCAGGACAAUUUUCAAAACCAAGAUCAAAGUCUACAGAAAUUAUGAAUGGACAAGAAGUGUUAUGUUUUAGAGGAGAAUGUAUCAAUGGAUAUUCUUCGGAUGAGCGAAAGCCGGAUCCAGAAAGAAUGUUAAAGGCAUAUUUUCAUUCAUCGGCAACACUUAAUUAUAUACGUUUACUCUCGUCUUCUGGAGAAGAUGGGUUAUAUACAUUGUUAGAGUCGGAUUAUUCUUUUCUCAGAGAGAAUAAUUUAGGAGAUGAGUGCUUUACAGACUCCAAAUCCUUUAAUUUGUCAAAUUUUGGAAAAAUAGAUGAAUUGGAUAGUUAUUUUUUAUUAAAAAAACCAUAUAUUUUUACAAGUCAUGAGGGCUUAUUGUUAGAGUAUGAAGAAUGUAUGACACGAAAAAUAAAAGAUCCAGAGACAAAUGAAACAAAAUGGUGGAAUUUAGGUGCACAUUUUUUAUGGAUAGGCGAUAGAACAAGAGAUAUUAAUGGUGCACAUGUUGAAUAUUUUAGAGGCAUUGAAAAUCCAAUAGGCAUUAAGAUUGGUCCAACAUUGGAACCUGAUGAAUUACUUAGGCUAUUAGAUAUUGUAGAUCCUAAUAAAGAAUUGGGAAAAGUUACUUUAAUAUUCAGAUAUGGUUAUGAUAAGAUCAAAACAUAUUUUCCAAAACAUAUUGAAGCAGUUCAAUCUUCUGAUCAUAAAGUUAUAUUUGUAUGUGAUCCAAUGCAUGGAAAUACAUUAUUUUCUACUGAAUAUCCUAAUUAUAAAACAAGAAAUUUUUCUCAUAUUUUACUUGAACUUAAACUAUGUUUCAAUAUCUGUAAAACUUAUGGUUUUCAUUUAGAUGGUGUUCAUUUUGAAUUAACUGGAGAAGAAGUAACAGAAUGUUUAGGAGGUAGUAUGCAACUUGAAGAUAAAGAUCUUCUCAAGACAUAUAAAACACUUUGUGACCCAAGAUUGAACUAUAAACAAAGUUUAGAAAUAGCAUUCUUAGUUGCAAAAUAUUGGAAAAAAUAUCAAGAUCCAACUGCAUUAGUAUAAAGACAAUUUUUCCUUAUAAUAACCCAUUAUUGUAUGUAUUUACAGU